AUCAGUAAGUUUUGUGAAAUGUUGAUAUUUCUCGAUCAUAGUUAGUAGGAGAAAUAGUGCGUAUGCAUUUUCGUGAUAUUGAACAACAGCUCUCAAGAAUAUUACCUAUAAAAAGUGGAGAGUUUGACCUACAUUUAACAGUAUUCGUUCCGGUUCGAUAAGCACUGCAGAUAUUAUUCUUGAAUCUUGUUAAAGGUCUGUAGUACAAAAGUGCAGACUCUAAUGUUCGAUUCGUCAUGGCAUUAAAUCUCAUAAAAUUCGUGUUAUUAAUUUCAUUUACAUUCUCAAUACGCGCACAGUCAAUUUACGGACCUUAUGAACAUCAAGGAAUUCCCUUCAGAGAAAACAAUUUUUUAGGUACUCGACCUAUUUCGAGUGAGUACGAUUUUAUUGUUAUCGGUGCAGGUCCAGGAGGCUGUGUAGUCGCAAACAGAUUAUCUGAAAAUCCAAAUUGGUCAGUACUAGUGCUGGAAGCAGGACAAGAUGAAUCCAUACUUACAGAUAUACCGGGUGCACAAUCGUUAUUGGAAACAUCGGACACCUACAGUUGGGGAUACAUAACAGAACCAACAAAAAACGGUUGUCUCGGUUUUAAGAAUAAACGUUGUUCUUGGCCAACAGGAAAAGGCAUGGGAGGGUCAUCGACAAUUAAUGCUUUAUUUUAUACUAGAGGAAAAAAAGAACAUUAUGAUUCAAUUGCAGCAUCAGGGAACACUGGAUGGGCUUACAAAGAUGUAAUGCCCUAUUUUUUAAAAUCUGAAAAUAAUUCUAUACCAGAAUAUCAAAAUUCACAAUUUCAUUCACAAAAUGGAUAUUUCCAUGUUGAACGAUCCCAAUACCGUUCACCACUCGUUGAUAUGUUCAUUGAUGCAGGCGGUGAACUAGGAUUGCGAAAAAAUAUUGAUUAUACAGUUGAUCCGGAAAACGGAAUAUCGAGUAUUCAAGCUAACACAAUAAAUGGACGCCGAGUAAGUGCAUCUAAAGCUUUUAUACACCCAGCCAAAGAUCGUCAAAACCUCCACGUUGCAAUAUUCAGUCAAGUAACAAGAAUACUCUUUGAUUCAAAAACUAAAAAAACAAUCGGGGUGGAAUUUAUUAAAAAAGGAAAAACUAGAACUGUAUACUCUAAAAAAGAGGUUAUUUUAUCUGCCGGUCCUAUAAAUUCACCACAAUUACUAAUGUUAUCUGGAAUUGGACCAAAAGAACACUUAAAGUAUCAUGGUAUACCAGUUAUCCAAAAUUUACCAGUAGGACAACAUUUAGAAGACCACUACGGCUUAAUCGGUUUGGAAUUCAUAGUGAAUCAAACAGGUCCAGUUCUGACUCAACAAAGUAUAUCAGAUCCAGUGUUAUUCGACGAAUGGUUCAAGUAUGGCCGAGGACCACUAACAGUACCGAGAGGGAGAGACGGUUUGGCUUUCAUAAGAUCACCGUCCGGCAAAGAGAUCGAACUGGUAUUGGCUCCUAUAACCGACAAACCAAACGUAUUUUUCAUUAGUACUUUGCUGUUGCAACCGGACGCUCGCGGAAGUAUAAAAUUAAAAUCCAACAACUCGAUGCAUCCACCUGUUAUGUACUAUGGUUAUUACAACAACAAUACCGAUCUCGAAGACAACAUAUACGCUCUUAAGUAUGCUGUAAAAAUGGUAGAGGAGACGCAGGCAUUUAAAAGUGUCGCAGCCAAACUAAACCCCAUACCGUAUCCGAAAUGUGAACGUUUCCGGUUCAGAUCUGACGAAUAUUGGGCAUGUUUAUCAAAACACUUGACCAACACGUUUCAUCAUCACUGUGGUACGUGCAGAAUGGGAACCGUCGUCAACGACAGAUUACAAGUAAUUGGCAUUCAAGGACUACGAGUAGUGGACUCUUCGAUACUCCCACACAUUCCUAGCGCGCAUCUUUACGCUCCGACCGUAAUGGUGGGCGAAAAAGGAGCAGAUAUGAUUAAAAGUUAUUGGUCAAAUUAAUGUCUAUAAGAGUCAUAUAAUAUUUGUUUAUAUGUUCUUAUAUCUACGUUUGAUUUAUAAAACCCAUGGUUUCAGCUCAUAUGAAGUCUUUGACUGUGAGUUUAUUUUGUAUUGGGUAGGUACAAUGUUUUGAAAUUAUCACUCAGUAUGUACUUGGUGCAUCGUUUAAUUUAUUUACAUAAUCUGGAUAGAAACCCUAUUUAUUAUUUCUUAUAUAAGGAUCAUAAAAAUGUAAUAGUUAUAAAUUGUAUAAUUAUAUAGGUAAUUGAAUAAUUCUAUUAUAGUUGUGUUCACUGUACCGCUGUUGCCUACUCGUUACGCCGUACAAUAAAUCAGUGUCUAAAAUA